GGAUUUGCUUCCACCGGCGAUAGUGUUUUGCCUGGAAAUAACGGAUUGAAAGACCAAGUAGCAGCAUUGAAAUGGAUACAACAAAACAUCAUUGCGUUUGGUGGUAACCCGAACAACGUCACAAUCGCCGGUAUGUCAGCUGGAGCCAGUUCUGUUCAUUUCCAUUUGAUUUCACCAAUGUCUAAAGGCUUAUUUAACCGGGCAAUUCUGCAGAGUGGAAGUGCUUUUUGUCAUUGGUCGUAUACUGAAAACGUUGCUCAAAAAACAAAGUAUAUUGCAAACUUGCUGGGAUGUCCAACGAAUAAUUCCGUGGAAAUCGUUGAAUGCCUUCGUUCUAGACCAGGAACGGACAUUGCAAAAUCAUUUGUAAACUUCAUGCCGUGGAAACUCAAUCCUUUUACACCGUUUGGUCCAACUAUUGAAGUAGCUGGAUACGAAAAGUUCUUACCUGAUAUUCCGGAAAAA